CUUUGCCAACCCGCCCGCCUGCCUGUUUUUUCUUUUCUUCACCCACGCUCGCUACCCGAAACCGGCCCAUUGCAUAGUCGGCGCAUCAUACCGCCACCCUCUUGCUUUGCGACGACUCCUCGCUGCCGCUGUCCUUCACCCCGGCGCAACCCUUACGCCGAUCACCAUCGUGCUUACCAUCUGUCGUCAUAAAACCACAGGAACGAGUGCCUACCGACGAAUGCGAUAGCCAUCUUACUGCGGUCCGACUCGCCUAUCGCACAUCAGCUUACACGACACGACAUUGCGCACUGCCAAAACGGCCCGAGCCAUGGUCCGACGCGUCCUCUCCACUGCCAUUGCUGCCGCCGCUUUUGCAGGCGUCGCAUAUGCAGACGGUGCCAAAUGCACAAAGGAUAGCCAUUGCCCCAAAGAGACGCCAUGCUGCUCGCUAUACGGCGACUGCGGUGUCGGCGCUUUCUGCCUUGGCGGAUGCGAUCCUCUAAUGUCCAAUUCCUUUGACUCGUGCGUCCCCGGCCCCGUGUGCCAAUCCGGCACAUACACGCUCGAUAGCCUCGACGAUGUCCAGUCGAUUGACAAGUACCUCGGCGAUGCCUCCAAAAUCAACUGGCAGUCGCAGGGCGACCCCACCAUAUACACAGAUCCCAAGACGGGCAAGAAGUCAACACUCUUGACCAUGGCCCAAGGAACAGUGGGAACGCUGUUGGCAUCGACACACUACGUUUGGUACGGCAAAAUUUGCUCCAAGCUUAGCACCGCCCAGGGCAAGGGUGUCGUCACUGCCUUUAUUCUUAUGUCAGAUGUCAAGGACGAGAUUGAUUUUGAGUGGGUUGGUGUGGACACUGGACACGUCCAGUCAAAUUAUUACUCCCAGGGCGUGACUGUUUACACAAAUGGCAAGAAUCUCACGGUAGCUGGUGGCGACACUGUCUCGACAGAGCACGAAUACUGCAUUGACUGGACAGAGGACACACUUACGUGGUCCAUCGACGGCAACGACCUGCGCACCCUCAAGCGCACUGAUACCUGGAACGCAACCGCGAACCGCUUCGACUUCCCGCAAACUCCCGCGCGCGUCAUGCUUUCACUCUGGCCCGCAGGUCUCCCUAGCAACGCAAAAGGCACUAUCGAAUGGGCUGGCGGUGAAAUCGAUUGGAACAGUCCUUACAUGACCAACGGCUACUAUGCUGCCCGCUUCUCUGAAGUCUCCAUUGAAUGCUACGAUCCACCACCAGCUGCGCAGAUCAAGGGAAAAAAGACUUACAAGUACACCGACGAAGCAGGCACUAACAAUACCGUUGCCAUCACCGACGAUGUAGUCGUUCUCGGCUCGCUCAUGGGUACAGGAACGGACCCCGGUGAGGAACAAAAGGGCACUCAAACAUCGGCUGUGGCCAUGGUGCCAGGUGGAAACCCUGGCGGUGGUAGCGCACAUGAUGCCGGUGACGCUCCCGCUGCUUCUGCCUCCAAUGCACCGGGCUUUGCACAACAAGCAACGAGUGUGGCUGGCAGCAAUGGCGGCAGUGGCAGCAGCCAGGGAGGAGGUGACUUUGUCCAGGGUGGCAGCAGCACUGGACAUUCGGGCGCUGCAACAACUGUCCAGCCCGGCCUUUCCUGUAUGGGUGGCUCCGUCUGCGCCAUUGUCGUUGCUGUUUUGGGAUUAGUUGUUUUGUAAUCCCCUCAAGUUCCUUUUCUUUCUUUCUUUUUGCCCAUGUCCUCCCAUAUCGGCAAUUCAUGACCGUUUCUCUGGUGCUUUUGUUUCCAACCAUUGUUUUUUUGGUAGACUGAGGAGUUUGAGCUUGAUACCUACUGUUUUAAUUUCCUCUUUUCUUUGCCACUCCUUAUUAUCCACGUUCAUAUUUCAGUACGCACUCUCCUAUCCCUUGCAUGAACAAAGGGUCAUGGCGAGACAGGCGGUCAGUAGCAACAGGAAACACCAACGGACAGAGACGCAGGAUGAAGAAGAAGAAGUAAACUAAUGGUACCCCUUUGUGUAAUGCCAUAGUCGUAAUUACUCAGCCAUAGCCCACCAUAGUAAUUUGUAAUCU